GUCGUUGAACAUGACAAGCAAAAGCUAAAAGCCAAAACAGAGGCAGACUUGUCACUACACGGGUCUCAAUUCUGCAGAUGAAACUGUCCUCCUCCUAUAGUUGAACACUUGAAAGAAUGCCGACUUCUUUAUGGUCUCUGAACAUGAUGUUAUCAAGAUUUUUCAUGGAUCUCUCAACUUACCUCCGGGUUGACUCCCUGGCCGCAUGUUUGACAGAGGAAUGGAAAGGAGUGUAAUACUGAGGAAAUAUUUUCUUGUGUUUUGAUUUCUUUUUGAAAUUCCUUCCAAGAGCAAAUAAUCAUAAAUGCCUGUUUGACCAAAGGUCAUUCAGGAAGAUUAUAUCAGGCUCACCUGUGUGUGAAAAUGUUCCACUUAAUCAUCUUCACUACAGUCUGGUGCAUAAAAAAUUUAAGUGGCAUUGCUCUUAAACUGGUGCAUGCAUAUUUCCCUGGUGUGUUGCAGGAUCGUUCAUUAGCAGCUUUGUGUUAGACUGAAUUUACUUCACGUGGUGUUUGCGCUGACUUUUUGUUCAUUUCCAUGAGCUGUUUUUGCUUGAAGAAGAUUAAAAAAAGGGCAGAGCACGAACAGUACAUGGUUCUUUCUUCACAGACAUGGUUCAGUGUGAAUGAAGUGGAGGCCUUGGUUGACUUGUUUAAGAAACUAAGCAGUUCAAUUGUCGAUGAUGGCCUUAUUCACAAGGAGGAGUUCCGACUCGCACUUUUCCAAAACAGCAGGAAAGAGAAUCUAUUUGCAGACAGGGUGUUUGAUCUGUUUGAUAUUAAUCGUAAUGGAGCAAUUGACUUUGAAGAAUUUGUGCGGUCACUGAGCAUCUUUCAUCCAAAUGCUCCAACAGAGUUGAAGAUUGCAUUUGCAUUUAAGUUGUUUGAUCUUCGGAAGACUGGAUACAUUGAGCGUGAUGAGUUGAAGGAGAUGGUCCUGGCUAUUCUGGCUGAAUCAGAUCUAACAGUUUCAGAUGAUAUCGCAGAAGCAAUUGUGGAUAAGACCUUAAAGGAAGCAGACUCGAAAGGAGAUGGAAAGAUCGAUGAAGAGGAGUGGAGAGAACUUGUAGCAAAGUAUCCAUCUCUUCUGAAGAUGAUGACUGUUCAAUGUCUAAGGGAUGUAACCAUGUCCUUCACCAACUUUAUUCUUAACACCCAGCUGGAAGAAGACGACUGCUAAUAAAAGGCAAUGAACGUGCCUGGUGGAUUGCUGAUAGAGAAUUAAUAUGUUUAAAUUUGAAACCAAAACUAACUUGAACUGAAAUUUAGAUCCUUUGCAAUUAUAGAAAUAACACCAUAGAAUAUAUAGUUAUAAUACUAAACAAAAAUAACACCGUGGGAUUAAAUUGUGCUACCAAUAUGAAAACCUUGUUGAUAAGUGAUUUGUUCCCUAAUAAGCGCUCAGACUCAACUCACCUAAACUUUUUUUCAAGAAAAAGAGAUAAUAUAUAGUUAUAAUUUUUUUUCCCUCCCUACGAAUGUACAGCUGCAUACUCUUCAAAAGUUCUAAAUUAUUGGUUUUCAACCUGUCAUAUCAAUAA